GUUGCCCGAGUUCUUUGUCGAGAGUUUCGAGCAUCGCCGUAGCCUGGCAAGAUAUAGUGGGGACGUUUAUGUGAGAGAAGAGUGGUGAUUUUACGUGGCCAUCACAUACACUUCACUCACCUAAGGCUGAAAAUGCAAAGCUGUGCAAAAUCCUGGGGUCUCAUCUCCAGGUCGGUGAAGACGCAUAUGCCUUGCAGGAACCUGCGCUACAAAAGCCGCUAUUUGGCGAAAGAGCCUUUUGGGAAUAAAAAUGUUUUUAUGACCGUCCGGGGUUUUAGAAGUUCAGCCGUUCUUGACUCCAGGCGGAUCGAGUCAAUUCUGCCCCGGCAUGAUGAUUUUUCCGAAAGGCACAUUGGACCAGGUGACAAAGAGAAGCGCGAGAUGCUUGAUUCUCUCGGUCUUAAGACAGUUGAUGAAUUGAUUGAAAAAACUCUUCCUUCCUCUAUUCGUUUGCAAAGAAGCCUGAAAAUGGAUGACCCCGUCUGUGAGAAUGAAAUUCUGGAAUCUCUCCAAAAAAUUUCAAGCAAAAACAAGCUUUGGCGUUCUUACAUUGGGAUGGGUUAUUACAAUUGUUCCGUGCCACCGGCCAUACAGAGAAACCUACUGGAGAACUCUGGAUGGGUGACCCAGUAUACCCCAUACCAGCCAGAGGUGGCCCAAGGGCGCCUGGAGAGCCUACUGAACUACCAGACAAUGGUGUGUGACCUCACUGGCCUGGCAGUAGCUAACGCUUCGCUCUUGGAUGAAGGCACGGCGGCUGCAGAAGCCAUGCAGCUCUGCCACAGGCAGAAUAAAAGAAGAACAUUUUACAUUGACCCUCGCUGCCAUCCUCAAACUAUUGCUGUGGUGCAGACCAGAGCCAACUACAUUGGAGUGAAGACGGUGCUGAAGAUGCCUCAUGAGAUGGACUUCAGUGGAAGGGAUGUGAGCGGCGUGCUGUUCCAGUACCCCGACACAGAAGGCCGCGUGGAGAACUUCACGGGACUGGUUGACCAGGCCCACAAAGCUGGGGCACUGGCCUGCUGUGCCACCGACCUGCUGGCCCUGUGCGUCCUACGCCCGCCCGGCGAGUUCGGGGUGGACAUCGCCCUCGGCAGCUCCCAGAGGUUCGGCGUGCCUCUCUGCUACGGCGGCCCGCAUGCCGCUUUCUUCGCGGUGAAGGAGAGCCUGGUGCGCAUGAUCCCUGGGCGGAUGGUGGGGGUUACGCGAGAUGCAGCUGGUAAGGAGGUAUACCGACUUGCUCUUCAGACCAGGGAGCAACACAUCCGCAGGGACAAGGCCACAAGUAACAUCUGCACUGCUCAGGCUCUCUUAGCCAACAUGGCCGCCAUGUUCGCCGUUUACCACGGACCUCAAGGCUUGAAGCACAUCGCUCAGAGGACACACGGCGCUGCCCUGAUUCUCGCAGAGGGCUUGAAGAGAGCGGGCCACAAGCUCCAACAUGAGAUGUUCUUCGACACCCUGAAGAUCCACUGCAGUGUGGCUGCCAAGGAUAUCUUGGAGAGAGCUGUUCAAAGGCAGAUCAACUUGCGCGUUUAUAGCGAAGGAGUGUUGGGGGUGUCUCUAGAUGAAACGGUGACUGAGAGAGACUUGGACGAUCUGCUUUGGGUGUUUGGAUGUGAAUCCUCUGCUGAGCUCAUCGCUGAGAAAAUGAGUGACCGGAACAAAGGGAUCCUGGGAACCCCAUUUAAAAGGACCAGCAAGUUUCUCUCACACACAGUGUUUAACAGUUACCAUUCAGAAACAAACCUCAUUCGUUACAUGAAGCGUCUUGAAAACAAAGACCUUUCCCUGGUUCACAGCAUGAUACCCUUGGGCUCCUGCACAAUGAAGCUGAACAGCUCAUCUGAGCUCAUGCCAAUCACAUGGAAGGAGUUUGCAAACGUUCACCCCUUUGUGCCCCUGGACCAAGCAGAGGGCUACCAACAGCUCUUCAGGCAGCUGGAGAAGGAUUUGUGUGAAAUCACUGGAUAUGACAAGAUCUCUUUUCAGCCCAACAGCGGUGCGCAGGGCGAGUACGCUGGCCUUGCGGCCAUAAAAGCCUAUCUGAACGCCGAAGGAGAGACUCAUCGGACGGUUUGUCUGAUUCCCAAAUCAGCCCAUGGGACUAACCCUGCUAGUGCCCAGAUGGCAGGAUUGAAGGUCCAGGUGGUGGAGGUGGAUCGAGAUGGAAACAUCGACAUUGCACAUCUGAAGGCUAUGGUGGAUAAGCACAAGGCCAAUCUGGCUGCCAUCAUGAUCACAUACCCCUCAACUAACGGUGUUUUUGAAGAGAACAUUGGUGAGGUGUGUGACCUCAUUCACCAUCAUGGAGGUCAGGUGUACCUGGAUGGGGCCAACAUGAAUGCACAGGUAGGGUUGUGUCGACCUGGCGAUUAUGGAUCUGAUGUCUCCCACCUGAAUCUCCACAAAACCUUCUGCAUCCCCCAUGGAGGUGGAGGCCCAGGGAUGGGUCCCAUUGGCGUGAAGCAGCACCUGGCUCCAUUCUUGCCCAGUCAUCCAGUGGUCACCUUGAAGUCCGACAACGCCGUCACCUCCCUGGGUACCAUCAGCGCAGCUCCUUGGGGGUCCAGUGCCAUCCUGCCCAUCUCCUGGGCCUACAUCAAGAUGAUGGGUGCCAAAGGCCUGAAGCAUGCGACGGAAGUGGCCAUCCUGAAUGCCAACUACAUGGCCAAACGGCUGGAGAGCAACUACAAAAUACUCUUCAGGGGAGCGAGAGGAUUUGUCGCCCAUGAGUUCAUCCUGGAUGUGAGACCUUUUAAAAAGACGGCCAACAUUGAGGCAGUGGAUGUAGCGAAGAGGCUGCAGGAUUAUGGUUUCCAUGCCCCCACCAUGUCAUGGCCAGUAGCUGGGACCCUGAUGAUCGAGCCUACGGAGUCUGAGGAUAAGGCGGAGCUGGACCGCUUCUGUGACUCCUUGCUGGCGAUUAGGCAGGAGAUAGCGGACAUAGAGGACGGCAGGAUGGACUCGCGUAUCAAUCCACUGAAGAUGGCACCACAUUCCCUGGCCUGUGUAUCAUCCACAAAAUGGGACCGGCCGUACACACGCGAAUGUGCCGCCUUCCCCUUGCCUUUCGUGAAGCCAGAAUCCAAGUUCUGGCCGUCGAUCGCCAGGAUUGAUGACAUUUACGGCGACCAGCACCUAGUGUGCACCUGCCCCCCCAUGGACGUUUAUGAGUCUCCCUUUGAGAAGAAGAGGGCGUCCUCGUGACGGCAGGAUUGAUAGGGUGGUCGCUCAUCUCAAAGCUCGGAGUAGUCUGAAUUCUCCGGGCCUCUCGCCACUUAUCUCGCUCUCCCACAAAGUUUGCAGUGGGUAGCCAAGAUUUACAUUCCAUAUUGUACAAAUAAUUGCCUUCGCUUCACAAAACUAAACUAGAAUCAAUAGGUUGUAUUUUUUUUUUUUUUACGCGUUUGUUUGUAUAGAAUUUUAUAUUUCUUUGUCUUAAUUGCUUAACUCUUGCAGGGCUAUUUUCUAACUUAAGUAAUCUGUGACUAAAUAAAUGUUUUAAGGUUU